AUGGAUAUCGUCGAUCGAGACAUGGAGCGGGCAGAGGUCCAAGCCACGCGACAAUGGUCCCACGAGAGCAAGGAGCGCCGGUCAUUGCACAGUCAAAGAUCUCAACGGUCAAUAGGAUCCAGCUCAUCUGCAUCCAGUACCGACUCGACCCCUGAUAUGGAUAGGAUUGCCACGGCAGGAGCCUCAAGUGCGAACAUGCCCUCGUAUCGGGCUGCAAGGACAAGGACACAUCCGAUUGAAGACCUUAGAACGGAAACACAUCGCCUACAGCAUAUCCAAACAGUGGGAGCCAGUGUGAAGUCGAAGACAGACACGAGGCCUUUACCUGAGUUUGGAGGCGGGAAACCAUAUCCCCCGGAUCUUCCACCACAGGAAGCGUAUGUGGUCGAGUUUGACGGGAAAGAUGACCCUCUACACCCCCAAAAUUGGCCUUUUCGGAGAAAAUUUUACAUGGGCGCAAUCCUGGCAUAUGUGUGUCUGUGCAGUACCUUCACCUCCUCCAUCUUUUCCGCCUCUACCUUCAGCGUAGCGGCCCACUUCGGCGUCUCUGCUGAGGUAGCCACCUUGAGCACGUCUCUGUAUGUCCUCGGAUACGCAUUUGGACCUCUGAUUUGGGGUCCUUUCUCAGAAUUGCAAGGCCGAAAACUACCGAUCAUGAUUGCAAUGUUCGGCUUUUCCGUCUUCUGCUUUGGCUGUGCCGCAGCAAAGGACCUUCAGACCGUCAUGAUCUGCCGAUUCUUCACGGGCUUCUUUGGAUCAUGCCCGUUGGCCGUGGUUGCUGCCGUAUUCGCUGACAUGUUCGACAACACCCAGAGAGGCACGGCCAUUGUGAUAUUUUCCUCAAUGGUGUUCAUGGGUCCAAUGCUUGGACCAUUCAUUGGAGGCUUCAUCAACAAAUCGUCCCUCGGAUGGCGCUGGAACUUGUAUCUUCCAGGCAUUAUGGGCUCGGUGGCAGUCAUUCUGCACACCGCUUUCAUUCAUGAGUCCUAUGCGCCUGUUGUCUUGGUCAACAAAGCCGCCGAACUACGUCGCCGAACGAAGAAUUGGGGCAUUCAUGCGAAACAAGAGGAAGUCGAAGUGGACUUCAGGGAACUGGUGACUAAGAAUUUUUCCCGGCCGAUUCGACUUCUCAUCUCCGAACCCAUCAUUCUGGCGAUCACAUGCUACAUGUCCUUUAUCUACGGCCUGCUGUACUGCUUCUUGACGGCAUAUCCGCUGGUCUUCCAGGGCGUGCAUCAUAUUACCCCCGGUGUGGCGGGUCUGCCUUUCUUUGGGAUGGUCUGCGGUAUCUUUAUAGUGGCGGGCUAUAUCAUUUGGGACUCGAAGAACUACAACAAAAAGCUUGCAGCAAAUGGCGGAAUCCCGGUGCCAGAAUGGCGACUCCCACCGGUCAUGAUUGGCGGCGUUUUAUUCGCCGCCGGUCUGUUUUGGUUCGGCUGGACUGGGUACAAGGAGUCAAUCCAUUGGAUCGUCCCGACUCUGUCUGGUCUAUUUACAGGCUUCGGUCUGUUGGCCAUCUUCAUCUGCUGCUUCAACUACUUGAUCGACUCCUAUCUCAUGUUCGCGGCCUCCGCAAUUGCGGCAAACACGUUCCUUCGAUCGUGCCUCGCCGCUGGCUUCCCCCUAUUUUCCCGACAGAUGUUCAAUAACCUUGGAAUCGAAUGGGCAGGGACACUCCUCGGCUGUAUCGCCGCUCUCUGUGUCCCGAUUCCCAUCUGUUUUUACUUCUUCGGCAAGAGACUUCGCCAGAAGUCCAAAUUCGCCCCUACCAUGCAGAUUAAGAAACCGGUGGACGAGGAGAACACCAGCGAUGACAGCGACCAGGAGGCCAAUAUGGCCGCGUUGCACGCAACAAGGAGCCGGGCACACCAUGAUCUGGAGGUCCGCAGCAGGAGAAGUCGAACGAACGGGAGCUUGGCGACCACGCCCAGCAAUCCCGCAGCGGAGGACCCAGAGAAGACUUCAUAG